AGAUCUGCCUGUUAAAGCUACGACUGAGUAUUCAGUAGGAUCUUCUCCAUGUAUUCCUGAAGCUUUUGUGACAAAAUAUGUCCGUAUCUGCCGUUGCUAUGCAUCACCAUUCAUAUCUCAGUGAUGCGGCAAACAGCAAGGCUAACCAAUCUGCUUCAUCCAACUUAAAAGGUUUAUCUCGCUUCGAUUGGUUAAAACAACUCGGAGAUGGAACUUUUGGAUCAGUUAAUCUCUGUAGAGUGAAGGACACUAAUGAGUUGGUGGCAAUUAAAACGGACAAGUACCUUCCCGAAGCCUCCAUUCGCAACAUGGUCUACCAAGUUCUACAAGGGUUAGCCUUCAUGCACAAACACGGAUAUUUUCACCGCGACAUGAAGCCCGAGAAUUUACUUUGCAUGGGACCUGAGUUGGUGAAGAUCGCCGACUUUGGUCUCGCACGAGAAAUCCGAUCAAAACCACCGUAUACGGAUUAUGUUUCAACUCGAUGGUACAGAGCCCCCGAAGUUUUGCUCCGUUCCUCCAACUACAGCUCCCCUAUUGACAUAUGGGCAAUCGGUUGUAUAAUGGCCGAGUUAUAUAUGUUGCGGCCUUUGUUUCCUGGGACAUCGGAGAUGGAUGAAAUGUUCAAAUUAUGUCAAGUGCUCGGCACGCCAUCCAAGGCUGAAUGGCCCGAAGGCCACCAACUAGCGAACCAAAUGAACUUCCGUUGGCCACAAGUCACUGGGAUUGGUUUGAAAGCCAAAGUGAACAACGCAAGUCCCGAAGCUUUGCAUCUUAUUGUGGAUAUGCUGCAGUGGAACCCUAAGAAGAGACCUGCCGCUAGCCAGGCUUUGAGGUACCCAUACUUCAGUGUAGGACAAGACUUGGGACCAAAAAUCACUCAACAGCAAGCUAUGGUAAAACUGCAUGAACAGAAACAGUUUGGUAACUUGCCCAUGCCUGCGUCUAUAAAACAACAGAAGGACUCCAUUAACAAGGUCUCGAUUGAGGGGAAUCUACCCUUUGAGUCGCUUUUAAACGAACCGAAACCUCAGAAUCAGGCUGUCGCGAAUAAAGCUCCACAACGCAUGAAUCAAAAUAACCAAAACCAGCCGAGCGCAAAAGUGAAUAAAUGGAAGAUGAAACCCGUCGUAACAACCGUUGCAUCAAAGAGUCCUCCAUCGGAUGAAGAGGACCUUGAUGUUGGGUUUAAAAUAAAAGAUAACUCCCAAGGCAGCGCGAAGAAGAAGCAGAUUGAUUUGGACGAUCUGUUUUCCGCUUCCAGCAGCAAAAAAUCGAGCGUGGGGAUGAAACCGACGGCUCGUCUGCACCGCGUCGAGCGACCGUCACCGCUAUCGACGUACAAAGAUCUUCUCGAUGACGAGGAAAUGGACAUCCUCCUCGGGAAGGAGAGUCCGAGUAAGAGUAGACUCGUCGGGUCUCGGACACGGAUCGCAACAAAAGAAUCUUCGAAGCAAAAUAACUCGAUAAAGCCUCUUGGUUUUGGGACAACGAAGCAACCAAGGCCACAUUAUGGUGUAAGCGAGGAUAGAAGAGUUGCGCCGUUGCCUGAUAUUAAUAAACAUGGACGUUCGAACGCCCACCAUGCCCCCUUCUCUACGCAGGGUGAUUUCAAUAAUAACAACAACUCCGCGGGUUUGGAUGUUCAACCAAAUAAACUGCAAACUAAUCGACGUCCGCUGGUGCAGAAAAAUGAUUUGUUUAUGAACGAUAUUUUCGGAGAGAGAAAAGUUGAAGAUAAACCGUCAAAUAUGCAAAUUAACCGACAAGACAGUUCAAAGUUGGGAGGAAUAAUGACGAAGCCGAUCCGCCGAAGAUGGAGGGCGGCAGUUGCUCCCGAUAAAUGGGACGAUGAUGACUUUGAUCCCAAGAAGACAACCAACAUCAAUUUAUCGGCGAAGAAGAGAAUUGAUGCGGACUCGCUUUUUGGGAGUCCUGAUUCCAAACUGUCAUUCACAUCUCGACAACAAGAUGGUGUGAUACCGUCGUCUAAAACGCAAAGAAUUUCCGCCAAGCAACAUUAUUUAUCACAGUCUCGGUAUUUACCCGGGAUGAAAAUGAAGCCGAUAGAUCCAAGUAAUUUAUGGCCAAGAUCAAAUUACAACCAUUCGUCUUCAACUUUCAAAACUAACGAUACCUCUCCAAAGAAAGAUUACACGGGUGCUACUUACAUUCCAUCGUUCGCUACAAAGAAAGAAGUUGGUUCCGCUGGUCAAAGAAUUCAACUUCCCGUCGCCCCGGCAACAAAAUACCAUUCAUGGAAAAGUCGGCCAACCGGAACGCAGAUCGCCCCAGCGAGCAAACCAAGCGGAACCAACAUGAGACCUCAAGUGGUGAACGAUCGGUUCGGGAGAACCGACUGGAAAGCAAAAUAUGGUGGUCCAAGAUGAUUACCGUUACAAGUUCCAACUAUUGUGUGGACAACGUGUCACACGCAGUAUUGUUUUUAAUAUACAAAGCAGCUCUGGUACUGUGCCACAAUCUUUUGUAGCAACUUUUAUUUUACUCUUUUUAAAGCGCAUUCUAUCCUAUUUGUGUGAGGUUCUUGUUAUGGAUAGAUUUUGGCCAAAUUUGACUCAUUAUCCCCCCAAAAAAGCGCCGUUCACAGUAAUAAUUUUUUUUUCUAAUUUAAUUUAAUACAAAAUUUUACUUCAUAGGCGAUUUUAACUUUAGAAUUUCUCUUAUAUUCUACAUUUUACUGUCAAAAUUUGUCUCCUGUUUUAUAUUAGGCGUAAAAUAUUGAAAUUUUCUCCAAUAAGAAUUAUUUCCCUGUAUUAACAUUUGUUGUUUCUAUAUUUCUAUUUUUUUAGAGCUUUUUAUUUCCUUGAUGCUGUUGUACAGACUAUAGAGCUGUUCAAUUCUUUGUAGCUAUUUUCUUAUUUGCAAAAUGGCUUCUAUUUCGUUUUAUUAAACUGGCAGCCCAAUAGCA